AUGGACAAACAUGAUGAUGCUGACGCAACUAUUAUCCGGGGAAUAAGAAAGGAGAAGGUGUCAAAAACGUGUAUUAAAGAAGGCAGUCAAAAAGUAGAAAGAAUUCACAAGCAACCCGAGCCAGUUGACUGUCUUGCGUUUUAUCGACAAGGCUAUACCGAGGACGGUGUGUACGUGAUAAAACCAACUGGAAGUACUGCUACUGAUGUGUGGUGUGAUAUGACCAAUGGUGGAUGGACGGUUAUACAACGCCGACAAGACGGAUCAGAAGAUUUCUACAGAAACUGGGAAGACUACAAGAAUGGAUUUGGGAACAGGAGUAGCGAGUAUUGGCUCGGACUUGAACAUAUAUACUAUUUGACGAUAAACAACAGUUCACUCCAGGUAUGCUUGGAAACGUUUGAAAUUGACAAUGUUGAUCCAGUUUCUGCUUAUGCUGAGUAUUCCACCUUCAGAAUUAAUCAUGAGAGUGAUAAAUACAGAUUGUCGGUUGGAGGAUAUGGCGGUUCGUGUGGCGAUUCCAUGUCGUUUCAUAACAAUAGUCAAUUCACAACAAAAGACAGUGAUAAUGACCAACGCGGCGAGGAAUUGUGCAGUGCAGUUUAG